CGAAAUCACCUAUUAUCAUUUGGAAAACACUCUGUUCAAAAUGCAAAAGUCAUCUGGCAAUUAAAGGCACUUACAUACACACCUGAAUACACUUGUACAGAAAACAGAACACCAAUCAGUCUGAGUCUUAGCACUACAAAUAGGCCUCAUGGUAAGACAUUCUGAGAACUUUGCAAGCAUGGAGGCAAUGCGAGUAAGAGUUAGAGGAGGACAAAGAGAAAGAGGAGUUGGACGUGGACGUGGACAUGGAAGAGGACAAAGACGAGGACCAGUGCGGAGACGUGUAUCGGAUGACAUCAGGGCUACUCUGGUGGACCAUGUCAUUAAUCAUGGCCUAUCUAUGAGGGAGGCUGGGCAAAGAGUCCACCCUAACCUCAGUCGCUACACAGUAGCGUCAAUACUAAGAACAUUCCGACUGGAGAACAGGUAUAUCUUCAAGUUUCUACUCCUGUACCUACUGUAUGUGUCACAUGAUUCUGUAUCAUAUUACAGUAUAACUGUACAGUACUAUUCAAAAAUGAGAAGUGCUGUGAAGUAUAUGUAAAGGAGUAUCAUUGUAAUGUUACAGUACUGUGUACAGUUUGAAAGUACAGUAUGUGAAAAAGAACCUAACCAAUGACAUCUUGUGAGGGCAUUUUUUACAGAAUGGUUGGGCUACCUCCUCGAGGUGGAAGGGGACGGCUCUUUACUCAAGAACAAGAGCUUGCCAUCAUUCAAAUGGUGCAAGCAAAUAACACAAUCCGACUUCGUGAGUUGCAACAGCGCAUAAUAGCAGAUGGAAUGGUAUUCGACAAUAUCAACAGGGUCAGCAUUACUACAAUAAGUCGCAUCCUACAGAAACAUAACUUCAGAAUGAAGCAGCUGUACAGGGUGCCAUUUGAGAGGAACUGUGUCAGGGUCAAGGAUCUGCGCCAUGAUUAUGUGCAGACAGUUCUGGAUUUUGAUGCCGCCGAACAGCCACAUGAGUUCAUCUAUGUGGAUGAGGCAGGCUUUAAUCUGGCCAAAACCAGGCGUCGAGGCCGUAACAUAGUUGGACAAAGGGCUAUUGUAAAUGUCCCUGGGCAACGUGGGGGAAAUAUCACCUUGUGUGCUGCAAUUAGUGUCCAAGGAGUCCUGCAUCAUCAUGCCACACUAGGUCCCUACAAUACAGGACAGAUCAUUGCAUUUCUAGAUGCACUACAUGCAGUUGUGCAGGACAGACCACAGCAGCCCAGGUUUGUUGUUAUCUGGGAUAAUGUUAGUUUCCACCGGGCUGCUCUGGUCCAAGAUUGGUUCACCAACCAUAACAAUUUCACACUUUUAUACCUGCCGCCUUACAGCCCCUUUCUAAAUGCAAUCGAGGAAUUCUUUUCAGCAUGGCGGUGGAAAGUCUAUGAUCGGCAACCACACGCCCGCAUGCCUCUUCUGCAAGCAAUGGAAGAGGCAUGUGGUGACAUUGAGGUGGGAUCCAUCCAAGGGUGGAUUAGGCACACAAGACGAUAUUUUCCCCGAUGCCUAGCCCGCGAGGACAUCGCCUGUGAUGUCGACGAGGUCUUGUGGCCAGAUCCGAACAGAAGGAGGGAUCCAUAAGACCCCCCAGGCCCCCACCACACACAUACAUGCGCACACAAACACAAAACAAGUGUGUUUUUCCCCACAAUAGCAGUUUAUCCAGUAUUUGUUUUGUUUUUUACUUUUGUUUUG